AUGCUCAAGAUGCUUCUCCACGUGUAGUACUAAACCACGUGGCUUUAUUAUAGCAAGAGGACAAAAACCUCUCUCUUGUGUGCACCUGUAUCUGAGGACAUUGACUGACCAUGGGUACCAAAACUAAGGACAAGAAGAAGACUGAUGUUGCUGUUCUCGACAAGAAAAUGAAAUCCAAGAAGCAGAAGUAUGCUGAGGUGCCCCCUCCAGCAGAAGUUACAACACCGGCAAAGACAAAAAAAUCAAAGGCAACCAAAAAACUAUCUAAGCCAUCCAAAAAGGUUACCAAAGAAGAGAGUUCCUCUGAUAGUGACAGCGAAGAGGAAACUAAAGUAUCAAAAUCUAAGGCAAUGCUGAAAAAAGCUGAAGUUGCAUCCAGUGAAAGUGAAAGUGAAAGCGAAGAUGAGCAACCACCAGCAAAAACCAAGAAAGCAAAUAAUAAGAAAAAGCAGCCGUCCAGUUCUGAGUCUAGCGAUGAUGAAGAGGUGGUUGUAACAAAACCUGUCAAGUCAAAGAAAGGUACUCCAGCUAAAGCAAAACCACCACCACCAAGCGACAGCUCUUCAGAGUCUGAAGACGAAAAACCAGUAAAGGGAGCAGCCAAGACUACCCCCGGCAAGAAAUCAGCCCCUGUAGAUGAGAGCAGUGAUGACUCUGAUGAGAGCGAGGAUGAGAGUGAAGAUGAAACAACCUCCAAAAAACCAGCAGCUGCCAAGGCAAAGGCAACACCCGCCAAGAAACAAGAUAGCUCGAGUGAGUCUGAUAGUGAAGAGGAGGCGAGUAGCAAAAAGAAGGAGGUCAAAAAGACGAAUGGAAAGAAGCCAGCAGAUUCCGAUGAUGACUCUAGUGAUGACGACUCUGACGAUGAAGAGAUGGAAGUUGAGAAGCCCGCAAAGAAAAGCAAAACAGAAGAAUCAUCAGAUGAUGAUAGCAGUUCUGCCGAGUCUUCGGAGGAGGAAGAAGUUGGUCUGCUGGGGAAGAGAAAGAAGGCCGUUGUUGCAACCACACCCGCCAAGAAACCACGACAGGAAGAGGCUGAGAAUGGUGUUGGAGAGGUCUCCACGCUGUUUGUUGGAAAUCUAUCGUUUGACAUCGGAGAGGAGGAUCUCACUGAAUACUUUAGCAAUGGUGGCUACACUCCUGACUCUGUACGAAUUAUCACUUCAGGAGGACGGUCUAAAGGAUAUGGAUACGCAGAGUUCUCGUCUGGGCAAGAAGCCAAAAAGGCAAUGGAAAGCCUCAAUGGUGGAGAUCUAGGAGGUCGUGAGCUGAGGCUGGACAUUGCAACUCCUCGAACACCAGGUGGCAGUGAACGAGGCCGGGGAACACCCAGAGGUGGGCGUGGAGGACGCGGAGCAGGCCCAAGCCCUGGACCUACUAACAAGCUGUUUGUACGGAACCUGUGGAAGGAGACUGAAGUCAGCACACUACAAGAGUACUUCCCUGAGGCAAACGACAUCUACCUGCCCAAGGACAGGGAAACUGGAGAGAAGAGAGGUUUUGGCUUCAUCACUUUUGAUGACCUGCCCACGGCUAAGAAAGCUCUUGACUUAGAUGGCCAGGAGAUUGAUGGCUUCAACAUCGGACUCAGGUUCGCUGAGGACAAACCGAGGGACAGUGGUGGACGAGGCGGGGGACGUGGUGGCGGUGGAGGAUACGGUGGUGGCGGUGGAGGAUACGGUGGUGGUGGUUAUAGUGGUGGGCGUGGCAGAGGACGUGGUGGCGGAAGAGGACGAGGUGGUGGGCGUGGUCGAGGUGCUCCCCCCUCAAGGUCGGGGGCAAUACAGCAGUACCAGGGUACAAAGGUCUCGUUUGGAGAUUAUUAACUGGACAAUGAUAUUUUUGUAAUUGUACUCGAGCACGCUGUAUUUAUUGUUGCACAAGAAUGUUUAAUAUUAUUGUUGUAUAAAUAAUCAUUAUGACUCAAAA